AUGAAAAACAGUAAAAAUGGCAUUCACCAAAAUGGAGUCCGCCGGGCCAAGGCGAACUCCCAUGGAUUCCAGCUCUUCAAUACUCGCCUGAAAUCCACUUCCUAUGCUGACGACAUCUCUGCGGCCGACUCCGACACUACCAGCCUUCAAUCGACUAUCGAUGGAAUGAAUUCGACAGCCUCAAUUCUUGGUCUCCGCUUCAAUGCCAAGAAGUGCUCUUCUCUCACCAUUACCAACGGGAGAGCCAGCACGUCCACUAAGCUCUCCAUCAACGGUGUCCAGAUUCGGGCACUGGAUGUAGGGGAGUAUGAAAAUUAUCUUGGCGUCCCUAUGGGAACUAAGCUCACCUUCAGACCAGCCACAGACCUCCGUGAGAAGCUAGUCAAGAUUGCGGACUCCUUGCUGGCUCCUUGGCAGAAGCUGGAGGUAUUUCGUGCGCACCUCCUGCCGUCUCUCUCGCAUCACCUGGCGACUGGCCGCGUACAGAGGGGCUUCCUUGACGAGCUGGACACUCGGUGUGCGGAAUUCCUCCGCCAAGUGGCAUACGUGCCACACACAGCCCACACUGCUUUCUUGUUUGCGGACCGGAGGGCUGGGGGGCUUGGCGCCUCUCAGCUUAAAAAAGACGCUGAUGUGUGGACGAUUGCCAGGGCCGUUCAACUGUUGGACAGCAAAGAUCAAGUUGUCCGUCUCGUUGCCAGAGCCCAACUUGAGAAAACCGUCUCCAGGGGUAUUGACCAAGCCACGGAUGUGCCGCUCCCCCUCUCCGAUUUCCUGUCUGGCUCAACACAGGGGGGCCUGUACGACACUCGGUUCUACGGGUGCGGUCCGAACACAUGGACUCGAACGCGAAAAGCAGCCAGGCGUCUUCACGCAAGGAUCGACGUAUCCAGCGAUAGUUCCCUUUCAAAAGUGAUCGCUGAUGACGUCUCCUGCCUGUCGAACAAGGCUGUCCGCGGAUUGAGGACGGUGAUCAGGGGCCGAUGGACAACCGAACUCUCCAACGCCUCAAACCAGGGAAGAGUGGCAAGAGGUCUCCUUUUGGACUCGUCGAGCGACAUCGCCAGGCUCACAUCAUCACGCACCAAACUCAACUUCGAAGAAUGGAAGCUGAUCCAUCGCAGCCGACUAUCCAUCCUACCUCUUUUCGGCACACCUGGAAUUUCGGCUCCUGACAAGAAGUGCCGAAGGUGCAGGACGGACGCCGAGACCACGUCUCACGUGACCAGCCAUUGCCGGGUCAACCUUCCGGAAAUCGGACGGCGACACGACGCAAUUCUGCUGGAACUGGCCAAAAUCAUCUGCAGGGCCGGUCACACGAUUCGUGUCAACCAGGUGUUCCCGGACACUACCCUCCGCCCAGAUAUCGUCAUCACCUCCGCAACACCGCAGCUCAUCAUCGACGUGACGAUACCUUUCGAUGCUCCGGAAUCCCUACAAGCUGGAUUCGACCGGAAAGUGGCCAAAUAUGGUCAUCUUGGACCGACGCUUCCGGUGGUGAUCGGCGCUUUGGGCUCCUGGAUGCCGUCCAACAACGCGGUGGCCAACUCCCUCAACAUACAACCUAAUGCGUGGCGCCGUUUCAGGCGGAAGAGUCGACUUGCAGCCAUCCAAGGGUCAAUGAGAGUGGUCUCUAACCACCUUCACGCAGCUGACAGGGAUGAAGGCCUACUGGGGCCCGCAUAA